CGAAGGUCCGCGCGGGUCUGGAGCUCUCCACCCCCACCCCCAGGUCCUCGCAGCCGGAGGGGUGGGAACAGCGUUAGGCGGAUUCCACGGCAUUCGAACGAGGUCAGAAGCUUAAGGUCCGAGGGACAGGAAGUGACCCCGAGCGCCGAGUGCCCGACAUUCUCCAGCCCAGGGGAGUCGGGGCGGAGGGGGCCGCGGCCGGGAGCCCACCGACCCCAGCAGGGUUCCCGGUCGGUGCUCUCGCCCUCCGCCCGUGGUGUCAGGGAAACGCACAACUAAUCUCCGCGAGACACUAUGGGCCCCGGGUGGGCAAGUGAGAACACAGCAGGGAAAAACACGUCCCACUGCCUACUCUGGCUAAACAGUGAGCAUCCCUUGCUGGGCAGACCUGCUCUCCACCCCUGGAAAGGUGCCAGCCUUCAACUGGGAGCACCUUCCCGGCCUUGCCAUGCUACGGGUCCUCCUGGAUGCUCCCCGGCGGCUGCUGAAGGAAGGGAGAGAGUCCCGGCAGCUGGUGCUGGUGGUGGUGUUUGUAGCUCUGCUCCUGGACAACAUGCUGCUUACCGUGGUGGUGCCCAUUGUGCCCACCUUCCUGUACGCCACAGAGUUCAAAGAAAGCAACUCUUCUCUGCACCGCGGCCACCUUCCGAGUUCCCCACAAGCUCCCACUGCUCCUGCCUUCACUGCCAUCUUCUCCUUUUUUGACAACACCACCGUAGUCGUGGAAGAAGGUGUUUCCAGGGGAACAGCCUGGCCCAAUGGCUCUUCCAGCACCAUCCCCCCGCCGGCUACCGAAGCCAGCUCAGCACAUAAAAACAACUGCUUGCAGGGCACAGAGUUCUUGGAGGAGGAGAACAUUCGGGUUGGAGUGCUGUUUGCUUCGAAGGCUUUGAUGCAACUUCUGGUCAACCCAUUUGUGGGCCCUCUCACCAACAGGGUCGGAUAUCAUAUUCCCAUGUUUGCUGGCUUUGUUAUCAUGUUCCUCUCCACCAUUAUGUUUGCUUUUUCUGGCACCUAUUCCCUGCUGUUUGUGGCCCGAACCCUCCAAGGCAUUGGAUCUUCAUUUUCCUCGGUUGCAGGUCUUGGAAUGCUGGCUAGUGUCUACACUGAUGACUACGAGAGAGGAAAAGUCAUGGGAAUUGCUCUGGGUGGCCUGGCUUUGGGAGUGCUGGUGGGAGCUCCCUUCGGAAGUGUGAUGUAUGAGUUUGUUGGAAAGUCUGCCCCCUUUCUCAUCCUGGCUUUCCUGGCACUACUGGAUGGAGCACUCCAGCUCUGCAUCCUGCAGCCUUCCAAGAUCUCUCCUGAGAGUGCCAAGGGGACUCCGCUCCUUAUGCUUCUCAAAGACCCUUAUAUCUUAGUGGCUGCAGGUUCAAUCUGCUUUGCCAACAUGGGAGUGGCCAUCCUGGAACCCACACUGCCAAUCUGGAUGAUGCAGACCAUGUGCUCCCCUGAGUGGCAGCUAGGUCUGGCUUUCUUGCCUGCCAGUGUGUCCUACCUCAUCGGCACCAACCUCUUUGGUGUGCUGGCCAACAAGAUGGGUCGUUGGCUGUGCUCCCUGGUUGGGAUGGUAGUCGUUGGUGCCAGCCUGCUCUGCGUUCCCCUGGCUCGCAGUAUUGCUGGUCUUAUUGGCCCCAAUGCUGGCCUUGGCUUUGCCAUAGGCAUGGUGGAUUCCUCGCUGAUGCCCAUCAUGGGGCACCUGGUAGACCUGCGCCACACCUCUGUGUAUGGAAGCGUCUACGCUAUUGCUGAUGUGGCUUUUUGUGUGGGCUUUGCUAUAGGCCCGUCCACCGGGGGCGCCAUCGUGCGGGCCAUUGGUUUCCCCUGGCUCAUGGUCAUCAUUGGGGUGGUUAACAUCAUUUACGCGCCUCUCUGCUGCUUCCUGCGAAACCCCCCAGCCAAGGAGGAGAAACUUGCUAUUCUGAGCCAGGACUGCCCCAUGGAGACCCGGGAAUAUAGGACCCAGAAGCCUACAAAGGAGUUUCCCCUGGGGGAGAACAGUGAUGAGGAUGCUGACAGUGAGGAGUAGCAGCUGAAGACCUCUUCCUCAGACCCAGAUCAGGGUGGGCUGCUUGAGGGGCUCCAUGGUGUCAUCCUAGGGCAUCUCACUUUCUCUUCCCAGAGAUGCUGCGCCCCAUACUCUGCUCACCUGAGUGACCCCACAUUCUCCUUCAAUGCUUCUCUUGCUGGAGGAAGA